UCCCCGGGGCCCGGGCCGGGUGCAGUCCCAUGGCAGCUGCCCCAGCAGAGAGCUCCGGCAGCCACGGGAAGGGGCUGGGGUUGAGCCGCAGUGACAGCAGCCCUGCCUUGGACUAUUCAGGGGACACCUUUGAGUCCUUCAGCGAGGAGCAGGAGAGUGAAACACCUGGAUCCUGGUGUUCCACAGAGGAUUUGGAGGGGGCAGCUGCGUCAGAGGCUUUGGAAAGCUCAUCAUCACUGGCAGGCCAAAGUCCUGCAGAGGAGGAGUUUGAAGCAGUGGAUCCUGCAGCCAUGGAAAGAGCUGCCAUAGGAAAAUGGAUUGAUGCCAUGGGAAAACGGAUUGAUCUGAAAAAUAAAGACACUGGGAUUAGGUCAGACAAAUCUUCCCUCAGAACUCCUGCUGGCACUGACGCUCUGCCCCGUUGGUUUGUCCUGGCCCAUGCAGAGCUGGCUGCUCUCAGCUCUUCCUGCAGCAGCAGCAGCAGCAGGAUGCAGCAGCAGCAGGCAGGGACGGGCAGCAGGCUGCAGUGGGGAGGCCCAGCAAGGCACGCUGAGACACGAGAUUCCUGUGCUGUUCCUGCCCAGCUGAUGAACAGGAUCCUGCUGGAAAACACCAGGGAGGCCGUGAAACAGGUGACAGAAGCUGAAAUCCAUGAGACUUCAACCUGUCCUGACUGCCUGCAGAAGGAAGCAGAGCUGGCCAAGGUUGCCUUUCUCAGGCGAAAAAAGACUCUGCUGGAAGGUGCUUUAAUCCAAGAGAAAUUGGAAGAAAAGUUUUACUCCAGGGUAAGCAAAUAUUGUUGA